ACGAUGUGCGAUGUAUGCGAUGACGGCGGUGCCAGACAAACGUUGACAGUACAUGUGUGGAGUGUUUGUUUUGGUUUUUGAAUCGAGAUUGAUCAUGAACUCAAAUGUGGAACAAUUACGAAAAGAUAUCGCGGCACUGCGCCAAGAACUCGACACUAAAGAGAAAUUGCUACAGAAAAUUCAAUUGUCCGAAACGACGACCAGCAAGGCCGAACUCAAUAAAAUUGAAAUCGGUCGCUACAGCAGACAGUUAAUCCUGCCAGAAAUCGGUGUAACCGGCCAACUAAAAUUGAAAUCUUCUUCGGUCCUUGUUGUCGGUUGCGGUGGGCUUGGGUGUCCAGCUGCUACGUAUUUGGUUGGAGCAGGGAUCGGUCACAUUGGACUUGUCGAUUACGAUACCGUUGAACUAAAUAAUUUACAUCGGCAGCUGUUGCACAGUGAAAGAGCCAUUGGUGUCAUGAAAUCAGAAUCAGCUAAGAAUUCUCUAUCGCGAUUAAAUUCAACGGUCAAAAUUUCAACUCACAACGUGCCACUGAACAGCGAGAAUGCACUGAACAUCAUCGCUGAUUAUGACAUCGUUCUGGAUGCGACUGAUAAUGUUGCGACUCGUUAUCUCCUCAAUGAUGCUUGCGUUCUCGGUCGAAAACCUCUAGUUUCUGGAAGUGCAUUGCAGUUCGAGGGUCAAUUGACACUAUACAAUCACAAAUCGGGUCCCUGUUACAGAUGCAUUUUCCCAACGCCUCCUCCACCGGAAACAGUCACCAAUUGCGGAGAUGGCGGUGUUAUUGGAGCAGUACCGGGUGUAAUCGGUACUCUUCAAGCAUUGGAAGCCAUCAAAUUGAUUUUAUCGUUGGAUGGUGUCUUGUCUGGUCGUCUACUCUUAUUCGAUGGAACCCAGACCUCAUUUCGAACAGUAAAACUUCGUGGGAAACGUGAAAAUUGUGACAUUUGCUCAGACACUCCGAAGAUUACCAAGCUCAUCGACUACGAACAAUUUUGCGGCAUGAAAGCGUCCGACAAAGACACCAACUUGAAUGUGUUGGACCGUGGUGAUCGUAUAACUGUUGAACAGUACCGAGCGAUUGUGGACGAACAGCUGGAACACAUUUUAAUCGAUGUUCGGAGUUCAAACGAAUUCGCUAUUUGCAGCCUACCAAAUUCGGUCAACAUUCCAAUCAAAGACAUUUUGAGCGACAGAACAUUUCCCAGCAUAGUGGAGAAUUUGAAGUCGAAAGAGAAGUUGCCGAUUUUCGUGGUGUGCCGUCGGGGUAACGAUUCGCAACUAGCAGUGAAACGGUUUAAUGAAAUCGUUGAAAAUGGAGUUCAAGCUAAAGAUCUCGUCGGCGGAUUACAUUCUUGGGCUGAAUCGGUGGAUCAAUCAUUUCCGGUAUACUGAUGCCGAAUGGUGGUUUAUAUUGUUAGAUGUUAUAACGGGAUGUUGGGGCUGGGUUUUCAUUAGCAAUAAAUAUUCCCAAUUUGAUAAGCUGAAAAUUAUUUUUUAUUAAAUGCAUGCGUGUCCUAUGCGUACGUAUAUAUUACUCAUUAGUAGAAAAGGUAGAAAAUUACA